AUGGGUAAUCAACAGCAAACAGGUCGUACACGUAGUGAUACGUAUACACGCUAUGAACGCGAUGGAGAAGAUGGUCGUUAUGUGACACUUGAUCACAGCGAUUCAGGAACAAACAGUCAUUUAGCAUCAGUCGAUGAGCGAGUCUCACCAAGACAUGAUAGUAGCUUACCAAUACGUAUUCGUAAUCAACGUCAGAUGCAACAGCAUCACACACAACAAGCAGUCCAAGCAGAAAUGCAAAACGAAAAGAAAACGAUUCCAGUUGUAUUUAAAUAUCCUGCUUCACCUAAAGACAAAGAAGCUUUACUAGUUGGUUCAUUCACCAAUUGGAAAGAAACCAUUGUCAUGGUUAAAAGCGAUAAUGAUUUUGUUGCCAUUCUGGAACUGCCAGAAGGUAAACAUGAAUAUAAAUUUUAUAUUGAUGGUCGAUGGGAAUACGAUUUAAAUGAGCCAUCUAUUGAUGACGGUCAUAAUGGCCGUAAUAACGUUGUCACUGUUAAAAAGAGUGAUUUCGAAGUUAUGGAGGCACUUACAUCAGACUCAAUUCUAACUAGUAAUCAAAAUGCAAGUGUGAAUAAACAACAAUCCGAAGAUCCGGAUAUGGCUCGUUCACCUCCAGGUGCCUAUGAUCAAACUGGGCCACCGCUAAAUCGUGACGACUUUUCACCAUCCGAUAAACCACCAUUUUUGCCACCACAUCUACUAAACAUUAUUCUCAAUAAAGAUACGGCUGCACAUUAUGAACCGGCAUUGUUACCGGAGCCCAACCAUGUCAUGUUGAAACAUCUCUAUGCAUUAUCCAUUCGUGAUGGUGUAAUGGUAUUGAGUACAACAACACGUUACAAACAAAAAUUUGUGACAACAUGUUUCUAUAAACCAACAGGAAAAUAA